AUGGAUUUCUUUGUUUUAUUGUUAGCCACUUGUUGCAUGAUAUUUCAAGGAAAUGCCCAAUACCGGCCGUACAGUUAUAACAACUUUUAUCAAUAUCCUAACUAUCCGAUGGCUGCUAUGCCGAUCCACAAUUUGGUUCCCCAGAACCGGUUCUUUUGGACGUGGACAUCAACGACGACAUCAACUUCAAUCUCUACCUGCACGGUUUUUACUAGCGUGAACUGCCCCGGUCGCCGUAAAAGGUUCCUAAUCGAAAAUUUAGAUACAAUCGAACCAUCUUCACUUAACAAGGUAGAGACCACCCAGAUCUCCGACAGGAAGGCAGCACGUGAAAUUGAUUUUGAAACGGCAUUUUUGACAGACCCGGUGACCUACGAAGUUCAAUCCACCUUUGGCAAUCCUAAUUUCUUCUCGGGCUACAAUCCCUUUUUUCGCGAACCGGUCAACAACCCGGCGAUUGGCCCCCGUUUCUUCUUAAAGGUCACAACUUCUACCGUCACCACGGUUAGCAUUUACACUUCGAGACCAGCUUGCUACUCGGGAGGUGGCUACGAUCAAUGUUAAUUUUAAACGAAUCGUGAGUGUCAACAUGUUCGCGGACGUCAAAUUUCAGUUGUUAUUUUAAGGAGACGAUUGGUAUUUUAUUUAACUUAAAGUAGUAGAAUGCAUAGCAAUACACGGUGUUAAGCAUGAUUCACCAACCAUUGGUCUGCAUUAAAAAAAAUACAAUACAAAAACAGCCUGAGAGAAAUGGCAAACUUUUAGAACCUGACAUGUAAGCGUGCAAUUAAUCUCAAAGUGAAAACCUUUGGUAUGGAACAAAAGUGUUAAAAAUAAAAUUAGAUUCAUUAUCCAA